AUGCCAUCAUUUCCAGUUGUUUUAUUUCUUUUCCUUCUUACACCAACAAUACAACGAUAUGUUGAACCAGAAUUAUCAUUGCAAUAUUAUCGUAAUCAGCAAUAUCGAAAUUACUACUUUCAAUGGUUAUCAUUACCAUCAUCAUCAUUAUCAUUAACAUCAUCAGUAGCAGUAACGACAGCAUUACCAUUGUCAUUGUCAUCAUCAUCGUCAUCACCAUUAUCAUCAUCACCAUUAUCAUCAUCACCAUUAUCAUCAUCAUCAUCAUCAUCAUCAGUAUCAUUGAUGGAGUUUCCUGCGAUUGGCAAAGAUAUGAUGAUGAAUCGAAAUGGAUAUCAAUUUAGGAGGAAAAUUAGGGCAGCAACAGCACGCAAAGAACGAUUAUGGCCAGAUGGUGUGAUACCAUACGAUAUAUCAGAUAAUUUUACAGGUAACUCAACAUUACGGAACAGUUGUUCCAUUCCGCAGAGGGCUAUGCGCCAUUGGGAGAAUAACACAUGCAUUACGUUUAUACCACGUCAACCGGAACAUUUUAAUUACAUCGUUUUCACUGUUGAUAAAUGCGGCUGUUGCUCUUAUGUUGGUAGGAAAAGUAAUGGACCACAAGCGAUAAGCAUUGGAAAGAAUUGUGAUAAAUUCGGAAUUGUUGUACAUGAAUUGGGUCAUGUGAUUGGUUUUUGGCAUGAGCACACACGUCUGGAUCGAGAUCAACAUGUUGAUAUAUUUUACAAAAGCAUUCAACAAGCGCAAGAUUAUAAUUUUGAGAAAUUAAAACCUGAUGAAAUCGAUUCACUCGGAGAGCCAUAUGAUUAUGCAUCAAUUAUGCAUUAUGCACGUGAUACAUUUUCUCGAGCAAUGUAUUUGGACACAAUUUUGCCAAAAAGAAAAUUUGGCCAACGGCCAGAAAUUGGCCAACGUACGCAAUUAUCUCCGGGUGAUAUUUCGCAAACUAAAAAACUUUAUAAGUGCACAGUUUGUGGUGAAACAUUGAUGAAAGAAUUUGGUGAGUUACGUUUGGAUGGUAGCGGUACCGUCUGUCAAUGGCGUAUCAUUGCUGCAUUUGGUGAAUUUAUUGUUCUCAAUGUUUCCACGCUUGAUUUACCAUUACCAAAACGUGAUUGCGCUUCAGAAAGAGAUAAUUAUUUAAUUAUUCGUGAUGGUCAUUAUAUUGGUUCACCAAUUUCAGAUAAACUAUGUGGUGGUGUAAUAUCACGGACAAUCUUUUCAACUAGCAAUCGACUUUUUAUUCAAACACAAACAUCCUAUCCUCUAUUUUCCAUUUUUGCUCAUUAUAUUGCUGUUUGUGGUGGACAUAUUAUUAGUGAUACUGGUACCAUACAAAGUCCACGAUAUCCGGAAAGCUAUAUGUCUGAUCAGGAAUGCAAAUGGAUUAUUACGGUUCAAGAAGGCUAUCAAGUUGCUUUAACAUUUCAUUUUUUUAGUCUUGAAACACAUAAAGAUUGUAUAUAUGAUCGAUUGGAAAUAUACGAUGGUACAGUGGUGGAGUCGACUGCAUUACUUUCUAAAUUAUGUGGUCAGAUAGUAGCUAAAUCACUUGUUUCACAUUUCAAUACUGCUUUAUUACUAUUUAUUUCGGAUAGUUCGGUGCAAAAAGAAGGUUUUCAUAUCAGUUUCACUAAAG